UGGAGAAUAAGCGACCUCCACACCUGAGUCUUAACAACUAUGAGGCUGAUUGAUCGUUGAGUCUUGCCUCUCCUCUGCCUCACCUUGGCCUCACAAUGGCAGGCCUAAUAAAGAAUCAGAUACUUAAGCAUUUGUCAAAAUUUGCAAAAAAUGUAUCGUCAGACAGUGUCAAUGUAAGCACACUGAAGGGAGAAGGAGAACUCUCAAACUUAGAACUUAAUGAAACGGUUCUGACAGAUCUUCUUGAACUUCCAACUUGGCUUCGGAUUACACGUGCUCUAGUAAACAGAGUCAGCCUCAAAAUACAAUGGACUAAGCUCAAAAGUGUUCCCAUAGUUGUGAGCUUGGAUGAAGUACAAGUAGAAAUGGAAACCUGCACAGAAUUGAGAUGUCAAGGUGGACAAUCUGUCCUCCCGUCUUAUAGUUCAGGUGGACGCUAUGGCUUCUCCGACAAAGUCAUCGACGGCAUGACUGUUACUGUUAAUUCAGUGCUAAUCACCUUUCGCAGUCCUGCAUUCCAUGCCACAUUUCAGCUUUCACGAAUUGUACUGGACUCCAAAAAUCCAUUCUGGCAAAAAGCUGACCUUCGCACAACACGGCUAAAGGAUGUUGAAAGAGGAGAACUUUUAAUCUUCAAAGAGCUGUCAUGGCAGACAUUGAGGAUAGAAGCUCGGUCAAGUCGAGACCAAACACUUACUCCACUUAGACUUAUAACUAAUCAAGCACGAUGCAGAAUUACAAUAAAAAAGAAAUUAGCAGACUGUUCGGUUGUUGGCUGCCGUCUUGUGUUACUCAUGGAUGAUGUGUUAUGGGUAUUGACAGACUCUCAGCUCACUGCAACUUUCCAUUUCAUCGACUCUCUUUCCGAUCUAAUUCGGCAGGCAACCCAGCAGUCACAAAAGACAAAGGCUAUAAGGAAGCUAGAAUCUUUACCAGAGUUCCAGGCACAGCAAGCACAGCAGGUUCGAGGUAGCAGUACACAGCAACAUGGAGCCAGUGUAAGCAGCAGUGCUCGCCCACCACCACCCCAGUCCAACAUUGCUAAAGCCUUCAACAAGUAUGAUGUGGCUGAGACAUCAUAUCACUUCUAUUCAGAGAGGAUUGACUUACAUUUCUGUGAUGACCCCGGACCGGGACGGUCAAGUCACCCAGACUUGUCUUCAGGAGCGGUACUGCAGGUUGCCAUAUGUCAGCUCGAGAUGGACUUCUACCCAUACCAUCUGGCUGCUGGUGACAGAGGACACUGGAUUAAAUAUUGUGUGGAAUGUGGGCCAGCAUUGUGGGCUCAGGCUGCCUUAGCACAGUUCAAGACUCUACUCACAGACACUUUGAACUCCAGUCGAUCUACCCACACACCUCUUGCCCGUGCCCCUCCCCAUACACUGCAUGAUGCCCCAUAUCAGACUCCAGGAGGUCGUCCAGGACCCGGGCCAGGUGAAGGUGGUGGUGGAGCCCAGAGUACUCCUUUAAAGAAUGUGGUAGCCGCUCAACUUCGCAAGCUAAUGUCAUCAUGUUGUGUGCUUCGGGUGAACGAUUUUUGUGUUUAUAGAGUGUCAACUUCUAAGCGAAAACAAGCUCCAAAAGAAUUUAUCUCAGGGGACAAGGACUGCUUCAAACUGCCAACACAGAUGUCCUGCCUUCACAUUGAGUUUACCACCUACUAUUACCCAGUAGACUCAGAAUUCCCAGUGCCACCUCCAAAAUUGUACCUGCAACUGAACCCCAUUCAAGUUAACUUUGAUCCACUUUCCAUCCUCUGGCUCAACUCUUUUGCCCAAAGUCUGCAGCGUGCCAUUGUUACCGAGCCAUCACCCACUUCCUACCUCGAUGUACACCUAGAGGCUAUCAUGCCUAAGGCUAUAUUUGAUGGAGUGGGUGAACACAUAAUCACAACCCCCACAUUCUAA